UUGCUCUAAUAAAUGUUAUACUAUUCGUAUUUGUUUUGUUUGUCGAAACUCAAUCCCAGCAAGCUCUGCUCUCAUGUCUGACUGCCAGCUAAUCUUUUGUGUGCUUCUGUCCAUCCAAUUCGGAGCUGUUGUGGACGGUGCUCGUGGCACCUUUAGUCAGUCCGAUGAUGACAAGUUCCAGAUGCUAAUUGCCGGGGGCAUUGUGCCGGAGCAUGGCGUCUUUGUCAGAAAUUUGGUAUCCAUACGCACGCUGAACUACAUUAGCUUCCAUGGUGACAAUCAUUUCUGCACUGGCGUCAUAACGAGCAGUCGAACGAUUCUGACCGCCGCCCAUUGUGUCACAGAUAACCACAAAUCCAUUAUGCAUCCGCGUGGAUUGAUGGUCAUCUUUGGGGCACUCAAGCGUCUGGAAAGAUAUAACGAAGAUGAGAGUCGGCGUGUCCAUAAGAUCGUUGUGCAUCCACACUAUCGUCGCUAUGAAAUCAACGAUGUAGCCAUACUGCAACUGACGACUGUUAUUCCCGCUAAUCUGCGGCAUGUGAAACCAGUCAUUAAACGCAAACGAUUGGCAGUGACGGAAGGCAUGAAAUGUGUCACCAUGGGCUGGGGUCAAGUGUAUCCGCACGGUCCGUAUGCCGAUGAAGUCAUGUUUCUGGAUGUGAUUAUUCGUCCACCGCAACACUGUAAGAAACAAAAGUAUUUCAAAAAGGAGGGCAACAUUUGUACGGAGCCUAUUAACGAGGGACAAGUGUGUCCAGGCGAUUUGGGUGGGCCAUUGAUAUGCCAAAGCUAUAUGGCGGGCAUUAUUGGGGCCUCGAUGGGAUGUCAAGGCAUUAACUCGAUUAAAUUUAUUAAUUUCUCCUAUGUGGAGGAUUGGGUGGAGAAAACGGUGCUGGCUCUUUCCGCCAAUCGCUGCAAAAUCUCUCUGCUCUUUUACUUUCCAUUUGUAACGCAUAUAAUUUUUUAAAAUAAACCGCCAGUGUUGGAAAUCACUUGUGUCAAAUG